AUGACGGGAAAUUCAGUAAGUAAUGAAUCUGUAGAUAAAAUCGCGCUUAAAAUACCACCUUUCAUGCCCGCGGAUCCUGAAUUUUGGUUUUUGCUGCUCGAUACCAGCUUCGAUUCUGCGGGAAUUACGCAAGACUCAACGAAGUUCGGUCACGCGCUAAGUGCAUUAGACCCACGCUACACGGUGGAAAUUCGCGAUGUGCUCUUGAAACCAAAGGCUGAGAGGACGUUUGAGCUUCUCAAAACGGAACUCAUUAAAUGUUUGGGCGCUUCGAAAGAACACAAUACACGUCGCCUCCUAGAGAAUGAACCGCUCGGCGACAGGAAGCCAACACAAUUCCUGCGACAUCUCCGCAACCUGGCAGGAGAUAACUUCCCAGAAGAGAUCCUACAGACGCUUUGGCUAGGCCGCUUGCCUAAGCAUAUGCAAGCCAUGCUUGCAGCACAUAAGGAUCUUCCCCUGGACAAGCGUGCUGACAUCGCAGACUCGGUCGCGGACGCGUAUGGAAGUUUGUGCCAUGUCGCGGAAUCGUAUACGCCAAGUGCAACAGCGACAAAUUCCACUGCUGGAACGUCAAGUGAUGCCCGGAUUGCCAGUCUUGAACAAACUCUUGCGUUAGUGCUUCAAAAAUUUGCGUCCCUGGAAGUUAGUCAAGUGUCACGUGGACGAGAUCGCUCUAAGUCAAAGUCGCGAUUUAAAUCUCGUUCGCGUUCCAGAGGUCGCCGUCAGCAAUCCAGUGAAAUAUGUUGGUACCACUGGAAGUUCGGCAACGACGCGCGAAAAUGUGAAAAGCCGUGCAAGUUCACUAGUGCGGAAAACGAUUCGGGAAGUCGUUAA